UUGAGUGUUUUUGUGUCUUUUUGUCCGGUUUUUUACGAAUUUUUUAUCAAAAAUUUUUGAUCAUUUUAAUCUAAAAAAAACAAAAUGCCAGAAACGAAAGAUCCAACCUAUUCAGUCCAGGUAUUUGGACGCAAAAAAACAGCAACAGCCGUUGCUUAUUGUAAAACUGGCCGUGGUUUAAUCAAUGUAAAUGGCCGACCAUUGGAUAUGAUUCAACCACAAAUGUUGAAAUAUAAACUUUUGGAACCAAUUCUAUUAUUGGGACAAGAUAAAUUCGCACAGGUCGAUAUUCGUGUACGUGUACGUGGUGGUGGUCAUGUUGCUCAGAUCUAUGCCAUUCGUCAAGCAAUUUCACGAGCAUUGGUUGCUUAUUAUCAAAAAUAUGUGGAUGAAUCAUCGAAAAAAGAGAUAAAAGACAUCCUAAUUCAACAUGAUCGUUCAUUAUUGGUAAGCGAUCCACGACGUAUGGAACCGAAAAAAUUCGGCGGUCCUGGUGCACGUGCUCGUUACCAGAAAUCUUAUCGUUAAAAUUACACAAACACACCAUAUGACAUACACAACAUUGAUUUUUUUGCAACAAAACAAAAUUCACACCCAAAAUGUUUAUCAUGUCAUUUUUAUCUAUGUCAGCGAUAAACUAAACAAUAAAAAAAAUGAAAAUUUCACACUUA